GAAUAAUAUCCCUGCCAUCAUUUCAAUAUUUAUUAUUGUUUAUUCUGGUGUGUUACUACUAUUGAAUUUCUCCAACACCGCAUAAUCUCACCGACCUAGUUUUCCGCAACCCUUAUCGCAAAUUUUUCUUCUAUUCCUUUUCUUUUCCUUUUCUCUUAUACUUUGUCAAUUGUUCUGCCUACUUACCAAUUCCUCGAACAAUUCGGGUGUAGGCAUCACAUACUACCUCUCACCUUACCGUCUUCCAUAACAUAAAGAAAGGCGAAAUACAUAUCACAUCAUCACACAAUGCCUCCCAAACGCGCAGCAUCUAGCGCCUCUAAGGCCAAAACCGAGACUGCCUCGAAGACUGCUGCUGCCGACAAGGUGAAGAAGACCGCCAACACCAGCGCGAGCGCAAAACCCCAGGCUUCUUCGAGGAAGCGUAAGGCUGCAGACUCUGUGGAAGAGACGACAACGUCAGGGGCUGCACCGGCGGCGCCGGCGCGGGUGACCAAGAAGCAGAAGGAAGCUCUGGCCGUCAUCAACCACGCACCUACUCAGCGCCUUGAUGUAUAUGUCUUCGGAACGAAUUGCUACGGUGAACUGGGUCUUGGAGAUGCGACGAAAAAGUCUGAAAUUCCUGGUCCGGUCCUGAACCCGAAGCUGCCCGCGGAUUCGGUCGGUGUCGUGCAGUUGGCUAUCGGUGGUGUGCACUCGGCUGCUCUUACACACGAUAACAAGAUCCUUACUUGGGGUGUCAAUGAUGAGGGUACACUGGGUAGAGAUACAAAGGAGGAGCGCAAGGUGGAGGAGAACGGUGAUGGCGUGAAUGGCGAUGAGGCUAAGGAGGAGUCGGACUCAGACUCUGAUGAUGAUGAGGUUGACCUCAACAUGAAGGAGGCGACUCCCACGGCUGUGGACUCUGCUCUCUUCCCUGAAGGUACUGUUUUCACGCAGAUUACCGCGACGGAUAGUGCCACUUUCGCUCUCACUCAGGAGGGUCGUGUCUAUGGUUGGGGUACAUUCAGAGGAAGCAAUGGUGUGAUCGGUUUCUCUCCCGAGACGAAGAUUCAAAGACAACCAGUCUUGGUUCCCGGUCUCGAGAAAGUGACACAGCUUGCGUCUGGCGCACAGCACGUCCUGGCGCUGACGGCGAAGGGCGCUGUUUUGACCUGGGGUUGUGAGGAGCAGAACCAGCUUGGUCGGAGAAUUUCUGGACGUCUGCACGGCAAGCUCGAGAGUCUCAUCCCGGGACAGUGCGCGCUUCCGUCGGAUGUCGUGAGCAUCGGAACUGGCUCUUACCACUCCUUUGCUGUCCGCAAGAACGGUCGCGUGCACGCCUGGGGUUCUAACAACUUCGGGCAGACGGCCGUUCCGAUGAGCGCUGGAGAAAGCGAUGCCGUCGUUCUCUAUCCGACGGAAGUCAAGUCUUUCCGCAAGCACAGCAAGAUCGUCUCCAUCUGCGGUGGAAAGGACCACAGUGUGGCUGUCACCGAAGACGGAAAGUGCCUUUCAUGGGGACGCGUGGAUAACAAGGCUCUUGGUAUCCCGCUGGCGGACAUGCCAGAGGAGGAGCUUGUGCACGAUGAGCAUGGACGGCCCCGUAUCCUGACGGUGCCGACUCCUCUCACCGACAUCAAGGAAGAGGUUAUCUUCGCGACGGCCUCCAGUGACCACUCCUUUGCUAUUACCAAAGACGGACAGGCGUACAGCUGGGGUUUCAACGUACAGCGUCAGGCCGGCCACCGCGAUGUGGAUGAGGUUGAACGGCCAACCCUCCUCCAAAACAAGCACGUCAACGGGAAGAAGCUGGUUGGUGCCGCAGGAGGAGGACAGUUCAGUAUGCUCGUUGGAGCCUACUCGCCGCAAGUGAACGGAACCGAUGCUUGAUAUUUUUUGAUGCGACUUUUGCAAUAGUUCUGUUACCCAUUUGAAUUGAGCUCUAUGUAUUAUUAUGUGACAGUAGUUACACUCCAAUCACGAGAAAUUUUGGGGA